AGCGCCCAGCUCCACUACUCCGUGCCCGAGGACCGAGAGCCGGGCUUCUCAGUGGGCGACCUGGCCAAGGACCUGGGGGUGGAGGUGCGGAGUUUGGCUGCCCGCAACCUGCGCCUGGUGAGCGAGGGUGGGCAGCGGCACUUCCAAGUGAACCUGGCAGCCGGUGUGCUGCUCCUCGAUAGCAGGCUGGACCGGGAAGCACUGUGUGGGCAGAGCCCCACGUGCUCCCUGCACCUCCAACUCGUCAUGGAGAAUCCCCUCCAGCUCCACCGCAUUGAGGUGGACGUCCUCGAUGUGAAUGACAACGCGCCCAAGUUCCCCAAGCCAGAGGUGGUCUUGGAGAUCACUGAGGUAGCCAACCCUGGGACUCGGCUACCCUUGGAGGUAGCAGAAGACCCGGAUAUGGGCUCCAACUCCAUCUCCACCUAUGAGCUCAGCCCAAGUGAGCAUUUUGCCCUGAGUAUCAACGUGAGAGGAGAUGGCGUUAAAAUGCCAGAGAUUGUGCUUCAAAAAGCACUGGAUAGAGAGAAAGUGGCUGUUCAUCACCUAACGCUGACAGCCCUGGAUGGAGGAAAUCCAGUGAAAUCCGGCACUGCUAAGGUUACCAUCCAUGUCCUGGAUGCAAAUGACAACCCUCCUGUCUGCGACCCACCCAUAUCCACAGUACAUCUGGAGGAGAACAUGCCAGUGGGCACUCUGGUCACCAAAUUGAAUGUCACCGACCUGGAUGAAGGUCCCAACGGGGAUGUGGAAUAUUCUUUCAAAACUAGCAAUAAUGCACCUGGUAAAUUCACCAAGCUGUUCUCCUUAGAUCCCCAGACAGGAGAGAUCAGGACCAAAGGCCUGCUGGAUUAUGAGGAAUCCAGUGCUUACGAGAUUGCGGUUCGAGCCAGGGACAAGGGAUCCCCAGCCAUGGAAGGACACUGUCACCUGCGAGUGGAAUUAAUUGAUAUCAACGAUAACAGCCCAGAGAUAGUGCUGACCUCUCUCUCCAGCCCGGUGCAGGAGGACGCAACCCCAGGCACUGUGAUUGCCCUCAUUGGUGUGAAGGACAGUGAUUCUGGUGACAAUGGGCAGGUCCGUCUGCAGAUAGCAAAAGAGCUUCCAUUUAAACUUGUGUCAUCUUUUAAAGAGCAUUUCUCACUGGUCACAAAUGGUCCCCUUGAUCGGGAGAAGGCCAGUGGAUACAACAUCACAGUGAGAGCUGUGGAUUCAGGGUCCCCACAGAGGGCCACGCAAAAAACAUUUUACCUCCGAAUUGCUGAUGUGAAUGAUAAUGCGCCAAAUUUUUCCAGCCCUUUUGAUACAGCUCAUGUUCAGGAAAACUCCCUUCCUGGAACUUCUGUUUUUUCAGUGUCAGCGUCUGAUCCCGAUGAGGGUAGCAAUGCCAAGCUAUCUUACUCCAUCCUGCACAGUGGGAUGCAGGAUGUACCCAUCUCAACCUACUUCCGAAUAGACCAGGAUAAUGGCACCAUCUACACUGUGAGAGCUCUGGACUAUGAGCAGGAUAAGGUGUUCCAGGUGCCCGUGGAGGUGAAAGAUGCUGGGUCUCCUGUGCUGAGUAGUACUGCUGUGGUCCACGUGUUCGUCCUGGAUGAGAAUGACAAUGCACCCACCAUUGUCUACCCAUCCGUCCCUAAGGGCUCUGCCUUCCACCAGACCAUCCCGGUCUUGGCAGAACCUGGCUAUCUGGUCACCAAAAUUGUAGCUGUUGAUGCCGAUAGUGGCCAUAAUGCCUGGCUGUCCUACCAGCUGCAGGAGACUGCUGAGGCUUUGCCUUUCCAAGUGGAACGCCGCUCUGGAGAGAUAAGGGUUGCACAGGCUCUCAGGGAGUCAGAAGAUCCCCACAGGCUGGUGGUUGAAGUGAGGGACAAUGGGACACCAUCCCUCUCAGCCUCAGUGGUAAUACUGAUUUCUCCAGAGGAAAAUAGCGUGCAGGACUUUGCCAAGUCCUUGGACCUCCCCAAAUCUUCUCCCAAGGAUACCAACCUAACCCUUUACCUCAUCAUCUCCUUGGUGUCCAUUUCCCUCGUGUCCUGUGUGAUGUUUGCUGUGGUGGCUGCCCGAUGUCUCAGAGCUGGUGCUGGCAGCUGGACCUUUGCAGGUUGCUGCCGAGGGACUGGCCGCAAGCCUGCCUCACAUUUCCGUGGGCAGAUGAAGCCAGAUGGUUUCAUCAAGUACCUGGAUGUGGGAGGAGCGGGCUUGACCUCCCAGGCACAGAAUUACACCUCGUGUUUCUCACCUAUGUCUGACCAGAGCGAUUUCCUCUUUGUAAAACCUUUCAGCCAUUCUAGCACUGCGGAGACUGUGGCUGCCUAUGAGCAGGUGACCAGCACCUUAGCGAGUCCCUGCGAUGGGAACACGCUGAUAUUCCUGACUGAAAUAAUCCAGGAUCAGUUCGCUUUCAUUUUCAAAGGCAAGAAUGGAGGUAUUAAAACUCUUCUAUUUUCUCUGCAGCAAGCUCAACCUAACACAGACUGGCGCUUCUCUCAGACCCAGAGACCUGGAACGAGUGGCUCCCAGAAUGGACAAGAAGAAGGUGGAGCCUGGCCGAACAACCAGUUUGACACAGAGAUGCUCCAAGCCAUGAUCCUGGCUUCAGCAAACGAAGCUGCUGAUCCCAACUCGACCCUGGGCGGUGGAACGGGCACCAUGGGUCUGAGUGCCCGCUACGGCCCCCAGUUCACCCUGCAACAUGUCCCUGAUUACCGGCAGAACGUCUACAUCCCGGGCAGCACCGCCACCCUCACCAACGCCGCCGGCAAGCGCGAUGCCAAGAACGCCGGCUCCUCGGGAGGCAACAAGAAGAAAUCCGGGAAGAAAGAGAAGAAGUAGAGAAGAAGAAGGAGACCUUAGAGCUACAGGGCAGCCGGCUCUAGCACUCCCCCAAACCACAGCCCAGGCCGGAGGACGAAUGUCGAUUUUUUUUUGUGAUGCAAAAGUAGGAAACGCUGCGAAUGUAUCUCCUCAUCAUCAGAGCUAGGAGCAGGCUCUCACUGCUGUUAGAUCUGAUGAUGAAAACCAAUCCGGAAGCUAAACCGAACACAAAUAAGUGCCCUGUGAAUACUUGCUAAUGUUUUAUACGAUCCCUCGGGUAUUUGAGUAUGCAAGGGCGGAAGGUCUUUUGCCACGUCUUUGGAUCCGAUUUGCUCCCAGAUAGUCCAAGAAAGGCACAAGGCUUGUGCUCGGCUUUGCCCUGUGUAAAUAAUUUCAACACGGAUCUUUUAAUUUAUAGACCUUCGAUCAUUUUUUUGGAAAGGAAAAAGAAAUUCCUAGCUUAAAGCCCAUGCUCCAGAUCUUUGCUCUUAAACUUUCCAUUAGUACAAUUCACGUUGAGUUAAUGAUAGCGAUGGAUUUGUUGGUAGGGAGUGCUUCAGUUCCUGCUU